AGAUUAACAAUUUGAACAACUCGAUGUGAUCAAACGACAAUUUAUUCUGAAUAAGUUUAACCAGAGAACUAAAAAUGAACAAUUAACUUUCAUUGGAAAAGCAAUUUAACCUUGUAAUGAAUUACGAAAGUAAAUUAAUUACAAACAGCCAAUUAAUCCGAGGGUGUUAUUGGUUUAUCCUUGGAUCAAGUGAGAAACGCCCAAGGGGAUUGUGAUUGUGUCGAUCGGACAAGAAAAGACUGACCAGUGAACAGCCUAAGUAUCUGAUCCUUAGUUUGUACUUGAAGUGAGUCACUUGUUGUUCAGGUAAGAAGCUGAUCCACUUUGUCGGCUCAUCGGUUCUCAAAAUUUUCUUUCAUUUUUUGUUUCUUUUUCAACUUGAACUUGUAAAUUUUAGCAAAUCAAUCGAUUAAUUAACCUGCAAGUGCCUCCAUUUAAUCGAUAAAAUGUUCUAUUCUGUGAUAGUUUUAAUCUGUUUGAGCUUCUCUUUCACUGAGGCUCAAAAUAGAGUCAAAUAUUGUUACGUUUGCCGUUCACGUGGGCCUCUUGGUGACUGUGCUGAUCCGUUUUAUUUAAAUCAAACGACGGUCAAAGAUUAUAAAGGAGUUGAGGCUACUCCUUGUCCAUCGGGCUGGUGUGGUAAGGCCAUUGAGGGUAAAGAGGGAGAUCCGAUUAUUGCCACUGAACGGAUGUGCCUUCAGCGACCUCCGACUGAUCAGGAAGAGCGAUGUGCCGAAACUCUGUACCAAAAUAAACGGGAACCAUUGUUCAUGUGCUUCUGUCGAGGUCACCUUUGUAAUCAUGGGACACUUUCUGUCAACGCUAAUGUCAACUCUUUGUCUAUAGUCUUGUUGGUUUCUUUUUUGUACCAAUUUCUGUCUUCUUGAACAGGCUAUUGGAUCGACAAUUUAUUUCAUUAUGAUGAAAAUUAGGAAAUCUAAUUAUGAUCUCUUCGCAUUUAAUCAUUGUCACUUUAAACACUGAGGAUUCUGACUAUUAAUCAUCUCAGAGAUUGAAUUGUUUUCACAUUUUAAAGGAAAAACAAUCGGUGUCGAUUGAAUUUCAUAUUAACAAUCAUUGAGAAUCGCACAAUCAACAAAUGAUUGGAAUUAACCGAUUAUUGUAAAUUAUUUUGAUUCUUUUAAAUAAAAAAAAACUCUUGACCACUGAAA